CGCAAGACACUCGACGAAAUCACCAAACAUUGAGAAAAGUGGGAGACUAUUAUUAUUAGGGGUCGCUCCUACCAUGAAAAAAAAUUUAUUAGGAUUGUGGGAAAUUGCAAAUCUCUCCUCUCUGUCUGCCUACAUUUCUCCUCCCUCUUGGCUCUGAGGCUCUCUCCACUCUUCUUCCUCCUCUACCCAAUCAGGUUGUUAUACUCUCGUCUGGGUCGCCGGCAUGGAGGAAGCUAAUGUGGUGAAUGCCAAUGAAGGAACCAUUUCUGUAGCUUCUGCAUUUGCAGGUCAUCAAGAAGCUGUGCAGGACCGUGAUCACAAAUUUCUCACAGGAGCAGUUGAAGAAGCAUAUAAGGGGGUAGAAUGUGGACAUGGAGGUCCUUUUGGUGCAGUUGUUGUUCGCAAUAAUGAAGUUGUUGUGAGCUGUCACAACAUGGUCUUGAAGUACACAGAUCCAACUGCCCAUGCAGAGGUGACUGCAGUGAGAGAGGCAUGUAAAAAACUAAACAAAGUAGAGCUCUCGGAUUGUGAAAUAUAUACCUCUUGCGAGCCUUGUCCUAUGUGCUUUGGAGCUAUUCACCUUUCACGAAUCAAGAGAAUGGUUUAUGGUGCCAAGGCCGAAGCAGCCAUAGCCAUUGGGUUCGAUGAUUUCAUUGCAGAUGCAUUAAGGGGUACUGGGUUCUACCAGAAAGCCCGCAUGGAGAUUAAACAAGCUGACGGGAAUGGGGCCAUCAUUGCAGAACAAGUAUUUGAGAAUACAAAGGAGAAAUUCAACAUGUACUGAUUUACCCCCAAUUGCUUAAACCAGGAUCAAUCCAGAUGAACACUAGUUUGUUUGGCCUUUAACUCAUUUUUUUCUUACCCCCUUCAUAUGAAUAGCCCAAAUUCAAUUGAAUAUCUGAUGGAUGUUUCAUAUGAUCA